CCUCUCUUACGCACAAUCUUUCUGUAUUGUGAAUAUCUGGUGAAUAUCUUUCUAAUCCACACACUGUCAUUUACCCUCUUUGCCUCGCUUACCCACACUCUCUCUCUCUCCCUUACCCACACACUCUCUCUCCUUCUCCCUUACCCACACUCUCUCUCUCUCCCUUACCAACUCUGUCUCUGUUACCUUCUCUUUUACGCACACUCUCUCUCCGUUACCCACUCUGCUUCUCCCUUACGUACAUACUGUCUCUCUCCGUAACCCAACACUCUCUCUCUCUCCUUUACCCACAUUCUGCUGCUUUCUCUUUUACGCACACUCUCUCUCCAGUUACCCAACACACUCUCUCCCUUACCCAUCCUCUAUCUCUCUCUCUCUCUUACCUUCUGUCUUACGCACACACAUACACACACUUUCUCUCUCUCUCUCCCAUACCCUCUGCGCCUCAAACUUUUCUGCCGAACUUUUAGUCUGCUGCUUGAGAGCUGCACUCAGUCCGACCUCCGCCAAUAGCAGGACAGUUUGCACUUGCCGCUGACUUCACUUCCCAAAUUUAGAACACAGUAUUUUUUCUCAUCCGGUGGUUGCUGUGAAGCGUAAAAAAAAGCCUACCGACCCUGGCGGGCGAGAGGAGCGGCCCGUGAGCGCGUACCACCGGGGUCAGAGAGUGCCGGAGUGAGCCCCGGGACAGAGGGACAGGGAGACAGGCGGUACCUGCUCCCCGGGAGUGGGGCGGCGGACAGCUAUGGACUGCACCAUCAAGGAAGCUCUCUCCAUAGUCAGUGAAGAUCAAGUCCUGUACGAGUCGUCCUACGCUGCCUCUCAGCUGCUGAAGACUGAGAUUGCUUCGGGCGAUUUCACUCAGACUGGGAAAGGGAGCCCAGAGAUGGCUGAACAGGACUGGAACUGUCAAAGUGGCCGAGUGAUGGUCAAGCGAGAGGUUGAGCAAGUAAAUGGUACAAGAGAGUCACCAGUAGACUGCAGUGUUGUAAGACGGAAUAAGUUAAUGAGUGGUGCUGACACAUCGCAAUCAGCGUAUCCUGCCAGUUACAGUGAACAGCGAGACAGCCCAUCGAACAACGAGAAAAGGGUUAUCGUUCCUGCUGACCCAUGUGUAUGGAGCCAGGAACACGUACGGCAAUGGCUUGACUGGGCAGUAAAGGAGUAUACUCUCUCCGAUAUCGACAGCCAUCUCUUCCAGAACAUCGAUGGUAAAGAGCUCUGCAAGAUGACCAAGGAAGACAUGAUGCGUCUCACCACCACCUACAACACAGAGAUUUUACUCUCUCACCUCAACUAUCUCAGAGAAAAUAGCCCGACCUUCAGUUAUCCCAACUCCAACCCUCACAGUCAACAGGCUGCACGCCCUCCAGUCAAAACAGGUCUGUUUGAGUGCUGUUAG